AUGAUGAACACAAGGGGCAAAAGGUGAGGAACCCAUUAUAUGUUCUCCAGACCCUUCCACAAAGAUGGUCCUGUGCCAGUGUCAGCCUAUAUGCGCAUCUACAAGAAGGGUGAUAUUGUGGACAUUAAGGGUACAUGCGCAAUCCAAAAAGAUAUGCUGCAAAAGUGCUACCAUGGCAAGACUGGUUGGAUCUACAAUGUCACCCAGCAUGUUGUUGGUAUAAUUGUGAACAAACAAGUCAAAGGUUAGAUUCCUGCCAAAGGAAUCAAUGUCUGUGUAGAGCACAUCCGCCACUCAAAAAGUAGAGACAGUUUCCUGCAGCAUGUGAAGGAAAAUGAGAGGAAGGAAAAAUAAAGAACCAUCCAGAUUUAUAGCAACUCUUUUUUUGGGGGCGAGCUACAGUAGCAACAAUGGCCAAAGUGAUCAAGUCAAUCUACCACUAACAAU